AUGGCCAUCACUGCUCUUCCGAUUGAUGUUUGGUUGAAGGAGCGCUUGAAAAAAUGGGUGCAGCUGUCUGGACAUGAAGGCAGUAUUGUUCCUGCAACCACCUGCACAUUGUACAAGAAACAAACUGGUAAUUGUAUGGAAGCGAGAGCAUACGAGAAUAUCUCAAAAGAUCCAGCUCUAACUGGUUUCACUCCACGCUAUUUCAAGCAACUGCAAAAGAAUGAUGAAUGUUUCAUUGAAAUUGAAGACUUGCUACAACAGUUUGCUGACCCAACAAAAACAAGUAUCAUGGAUAUCAAAAUUGGUACCAGAACAUUCUUGGAAUUCUGGGAAGUUAUCAACACACGAAACGGAGAGAAAGAUUUAUAUGAAAAGAUGACAGCCAUUGAUCCCGAUGAGCCGACGCCAGAAGAGCGAGCAUGCGGUGAAAUUACGAAAUUGCGUUAUAUGCAGUUCCGGGAACGAGAAAGCAGUUCCGCUGAACUAGGAUUUCGUAUAGAGGCCGCCAAGAUGCCAGGUGGUUCUCUGCAGAAGAACUUCAAAAAAGUGAGGACAUAUGACGAUGUGACGCAGGCGUUGAUAGAGUUCUUUGGUACAGACCGUGAAAGGAUAAGGAGCAGGCUGUUGGCACGAUUAAAGGCCAUGAGAUCAGCCAUCGAGAAAAGCCACUUCUUCGCCACCCAUGAGGUCGUGGGGAGUUCUGUGCUGAUUGUUCAUGAUCACGAAAAAGUGAACUGUUGGAUGAUCGAUUUCGCCAAAUCGUCACCUGUAGACCCGACGAGGCGUCUCGAUCACCGGACUCCUUGGGUUCAGGGUAAUUCUGAAGAUGGAUAUUUGUUGGGCGUAGACAAUCUCAUUAAAUUGCCACACAUGGCGCUCAAUUUCAGAACAUUCUUGGAAUCUGAAGUAUCGAAUACGAAACGGAGGAAAGAUUUAUAUGAAAAGAUGACAGCCAUUGAUCCCGAUGAGCCGACGCCAGAAGAGCGAGCAUGCGGUGAAAUUACGAAAUUGCGUUAUAUGCAGUUCCGGGAACGAGAAAGCAGUUCCGCUGAACUAGGAUUUCGUAUAGAGGCCGCCAAGGUGUCCUUGAGAGUGAAUAACUAG